AUGGUUUGGAUGGCUAAAAAUAAUCACAAGGAGAUAUUAAUUUGCAUCGUUGGAUCAUUUCUACUCUGGGUAUAUUUUAAUUUAUACAAGGAAAACAUUAAAAUCAUAGAACGGACAAAGGUUUUCAGAGCUGGGCAUGGAAAUAUAGCAAAGGUACAAGAACGACCAAAUGUUGAAAACAAAACUGACAUCCCCAAUAUUUAUAUCGUGACAGCAACCUAUUCUCGGCUUGCACAGAAAGCAGAUUUGACAAGACUGUCUUAUACCUUACGUCUUGUGCCGAACAUUCACUGGAUAGUUGUAGAAGAUGCUGAUAACAAAACUGAGCUUGUGAGAAACUUUCUCUUCAAUAGUAAGCUUCAGUUCAUACAUCUGAAUAAGAGAACACCGAACGUAAAAAAUCGCUGGGAAAUUCGAGGCAUUAGCCAAAGAAACGAAGCCGUGCGAUGGAUCCGACAGUUUGCUCAGACACCAGGCGUUGUCUACUUUGCUGACGACGAUAACACCUAUGACAUCAGAAUUUUCGAAGAGAUGCGGUACACAAAGAACGUGUCAGUGUGGCCAGUUGGGCUGGUCGCUGGCUUGAGAUAUGAGGCGCCAAAGGUCAGCAACAAAAAGGUUGUUGGUUGGCACACGUCAUUCCCACGCAAGUUUAGCACGGACAUGGCAGGAUUUGCGGUAAACCUGCAACUGCUCAAGAACAUCACCAGUGUAGAAUUCCGAGCCUCAGCGCCACCGGGUCAUCACGAGACAGACUUUAUUCAACAACUCGGUGUUGAACUAUCCGAUUUGGAACCGCUGGCUGCCAACUGCACAAAGGUUCUAGUCUGGCACACAAGAACACAGAAACCCAACGUUAAUAACGAAUCGAAAGUUCACCAAGACAAGAAUUACACCUCUGACCCUAUUGAGGUCUAA